AUGCGUGAGGUCAUUAGCAUCAACGUUGGUCAGGCUGGUUGCCAAAUCGCCAACUCCUGCUGGGAGCUUUACUGCCUCGAGCACGGUAUCCAGCCCGAUGGUUACCUCACAGAGGAGCGAAAGUCCCAAGACCCCGAUCAGGGUUUCAGCACUUUCUUUUCCGAGACUGGUCAGGGCAAGUAUGUCCCCCGCGCCAUCUACUGUGAUUUGGAGCCCAAUGUCGUCGACGAGGUCCGCACCGGUGCCUACCGCAACCUCUUCCACCCUGAGAUGAUGAUCACUGGCAAGGAGGAUGCCUCAAACAACUAUGCUCGUGGUCACUACACUGUUGGAAAGGAGCUCAUCGACGGCGUCCUCGACAAGAUUCGCCGUGUUGCCGAUAAUUGUGUUGGCCUUCAGGGCUUCCUCGUGUUCCACUCUUUCGGUGGUGGUACUGGCUCUGGUUUCGGUGCUCUCCUGAUGGAGCGCCUGUCGGUCGACUACGGCAAGAAGAGCAAGCUGGAGUUCUGUGUUUAUCCCGCGCCCCAGACUGCUACAUCCGUUGUCGAGCCAUACAACUCUAUCCUUACCACACACACCACCCUUGAGCACUCCGAUUGCUCUUUCAUGGUCGACAAUGAGGCCAUUUACGAUAUUUGCCGCCGAAACCUCGGCCUCGAGCGCCCUAACUACGAGAACCUCAACCGUCUUAUUGCUCAGGUCGUUUCUUCUAUUACUGCCUCUUUGCGAUUCGAUGGAUCCCUGAACGUCGACUUGAACGAAUUCCAGACCAACCUGGUUCCUUAUCCCAGAAUCCAUUUCCCUCUGGUCGCCUACGCCCCAGUCAUCUCCGCCGCUAAGGCUGCCCACGAAGCCAACUCCGUCCAAGAGAUGACAAUGUCUUGCUUCGAGCCUAACAACCAGAUGGUCAAGUGUGACCCCCGUCACGGCAAGUACAUGGCUACUUGUUUGCUGUACCGUGGUGACGUCGUUCCAAACGACGCCCAUGCUGCUGUCGCGACACUGAAGACCAAGCGAACUAUUCAGUUCGUCGAUUGGUGCCCCACUGGUUUCAAGCUUGGUAUCUGCUACCAGGCCCCCGAGAAUGUGCCUAACGGCGACCUCGCGAAGGUCAGCCGCGCUGUCUGCAUGCUCUCCAAUACUACCGCUAUCGCUGAGGCAUGGUCUUCACUUUCUCUCAAGUUCGAUCUCAUGCACUCCAAGCGUGCUUUCGUCCACUGGUACGUGGGUGAAGGUAUGGAGGAAGGCGAGUUCUCUGAGGCUCGUGAGGAUCUUGCUGCCCUGGAGCGCGAUUACGAGGAGGUCGCUACCGACUCCAUGGGUGAGGAGGAGCUCGAGGCUGAAUACUAA